AUGGUUGACCAACUUGAAGUAGAAAACAACGUGGGGGAAGAUAAACCUGUGAGUUUUGAAGAAGAAGUAGAAACGUUUUUAAUUAACUUGCACGAUUUUGUAUAUCACCGAAAUGCUGAUGCAAUAAAAAAAUUAUUUGACACAGAUUUUUAUACCAUAUCAGAUAUAUAUUUCAAGAACACUCGAUGGCCUUCAAUAAAAUUGGUUGAUAACUUUUACAAGCAGAAAAACAGGUUUCACAAUUUAAUUCAUUCGCUCUAUGAGGAAUUAUAUUAUCGUCACGUGUUUAUAAUAAAUGAUGUAAAUUUAGAAGAUCGAAAGAAUGCAUGGGAUAAUUAUAAAUGUUUAUUAAAUUUUAUCUCGAGUAUAUGUACUGACAUGUCAGGUGAUACAAAUGAUAACGUGUUAGUUAUGCCAAAUGUGUGGAUAUAUGAAUUUUUAUCUGAAUACGUAUAUCAGUAUCAGUCCAUGUGUCAUAUAAAAGUGGAUCUAUUAAAAGACGUAGAAAAUAAUAUAGAAGGAAUAAAUUUUUUAGUACAAAAUUGUGAAGUUUUUGAAAGCAGUAUAGUGUUAGAGGUAUUACACAGUUUAUUGUUAAAAGGAGAAUUUGCCACAUUACCAGAAGAAGAAAAAAGUAUUUUUGUUAAUAAUGUUUUUAAUGUGAAUAAUGAAGAAUUAACAAGUAAGUAUCAGUUUGCAUAUUUUUCUUGCUGUAUUUUAUUAAAGGUAUAUGUACUAAUGGGUGAUUAUUAUAGUGCUUUAAAGAUUAUUUCAAAUAUUGAAUUAAAUCAUAAAUCUUUAUAUUGGAAAGUUACAUUAUGUCAUAUUAGUAUUUUUUACAAUAUUGCAUUUUGUUAUAUGAUGUUAAAAAGAUAUAAUGAUAGUAUUAAAAUUUUAUCACAAAUAUUAAUAUAUUUAUCAAAACAAAAAAUACAUUUUUCAAAUCAUCAGAGGUAUCAGCAGAAUGUUAUACAUAAACUAAUUGAUAAAAUGUAUUUGAUAGUUAUUAUAUGUCAUUCCUUGUCAAGUUGUAGAUUAGAUGAAACCAUACUUCAGAAUAUAAAAGAAAAUUAUUCAAGCAAAUUUUAUGCCUUACAGUCAGCUAAUGAACAAACAUAUGCUGAUUUGUUUUAUCGAGUAGCACCCAAAUUUAUUGACCCAUUAUCAAAUAUUAGUUUUCAAUUAUUAGCAAAUUUUGAGAAUGUUCAAAAUCAAACUUAUAAUUCGGAUCCAACUUUAAGACAACUUUGUAUAUUUUUAAAAGAUGUUACCUAUCAAAAAAAAACUUUUCAUUUUAUUUCUUAUGCCAAAUUAUAUCAUAAUAUUCAACUCACCAAACUAGCUGAUUUAAUGAAUUAUAAAAAAGAAGAUGAAGAAAAUGUUUGUUCAGACAUUAUGUGUGUAAAAAAUCAUAGUAAACAAUUGAUAUGGAAAGAAGGCCCUUUAUAUACUGGUGAAAUGGUUACCUCCGUUUUUGGAAACGCUUUUGAUUUUUAUAUUGACCUGGAUAUUUUAAAUAUCAAAACGAGGACACAGCAAAAAAUAUUCAUUGAUUAUUUUGUUCAUCAAAUAAAUAUGUGCAAAAAUCUUUCGAAUGUUUUGCAAGGAACUGGCACAGGUCAUAUUUACAAAACCAAAUAUGAAAACUUCAAACGAAAAAACAAAAACAAAAAUAGGGACAAGCACAACAAUCCACAAGUUUCGGUUAAGCAGUAA